AAUGGUAUCUCCCCAUAACCCCAAUGUGACCCUGUUGACGUACUGCAGACGUGUUGAUGAUCAGGGCAGGUUGUUUGCGGUUUUAUCGCCACUACGAAAGAUUUCACCCCAAUUUUCUGCGACAAAACCUUAAGCAAUGUACCAAGGGCAGGUUUAGGGAUUUAAGAAGAGCAUAGUCAGUACUGGUUUGGUGCGUUCGUAGAAGCUGCAGACACCUGGGCUGAGCGCCCCCCUUCUAGCCAAAUAACGAACAUGGCGGACGCAUUCGUAAUUUUGACGGUCAUCAGUGUCUUUCUCCUCCCGGUUCUGGGGUUUGCAUUGCUGAUUCUCAUCCCUGCUGCUGUUGGAGUUUCACUGGGAAUUCGGAAACUGUACCUGAAGGUCCUUCUUCGUGUCUUUGAGUUUGCUACAAACAGAAUACAGCAGCAUGACAGUCGACAGGACCUGAAUGGAAACAGAGGGGAGCAGUUACCUGAUAACAAUGCAGCUGCACUAAAGGACAAAAAUAGUGUCGCUCUGAUACAAGAAGAAGAGAGGACGACACUUAAAAAAGUCAGAUCAUUUGGAACACUGAGAAGAGAGUUUGAAUUGUCUGAUUGUUACCACUUCUGCAGACAAGGCAUUGAGGCUAUCGCAGAUGACAGUGUAACAAAAUGCUUUUCAGCUGCUGAGUUGCCAUCAUGGAAUCUUCUAACAAGAACAAACACACAUUACGAGUUUGUAAGCAUGCGACUCACAAUCCUAUGGGUGAUAGGGUUCCUCUUCAGGUACUGCUGUCUUCUGCCCAUGAGAUUUAUUCUUACUGUUGUGAGCGUGAACAUUUUUCUAAUGACAACUGCUGCUAUAGGCUUGAUGCCUAACUCUCGUCACAAGAGACAUGUCAGCAAGUAUGUCAGCCUGAUGUGUUACCGGAUCCUGGCCAGAGCUUUUUCUGCUGUGGUCACCUACCACAACAAAGAGAAUCGAGCCAAGGGAGGAAUCUGUGUGGCGAAUCACACCUCUCCCAUCGACGUCAUCAUCUUGGCUUGUGAUGCCUGCUAUGCCAUGGUUGGUCAGGUCCAUGGUGGGUUCACAGGGAUGAUUCAGCGUGCCAUGUCAAGGUCAGAGGCUCACAUCUGGUUCCAGAGGUCAGAGAGCAAGGACAGACAGGCUGUCAGCAACAGGUUGAAAGAACAUGUUUCAGAUCCUGACAAGCUGCCCAUUUUGAUUUUCCCUGAAGGAACUUGCAUUAAUAACACAUCAGUCAUGAUGUUCAAAAAAGGGAGUUUUGAGGUGGGCGGUACCAUCUACCCUGUUGCUAUCAAGUAUGAUGCCAGAUUUGGUGAUGCAUUCUGGAACAGCAGCAAGUACAACAUGAUCCAGUAUCUGCUCCACAUGAUGACAUCCUGGGCCAUUGUCUGUGAUGUCUGGUACCUGCCACCCAUGCACAGAAAAGAGGGGGAGUAUGCUGUUGAGUUUGCCAACAGAGUGAAGCAUGAGAUAGCACAGAAGGGCGGGCUGGUGGACCUGCUGUGGGAUGGGCAGCUGAAAAGGAUGACAGUGAAAGAGGACUUCAAGAAGGAACAGCAGAAAGAGUACAGCAAGCUCCUCAAAGUGGAGUAGCAGACAAUGAAGCGGGCUAAUAAACAUGUUUAAUUUAUCAGUCAAGAAAUAAAAGAACUGGUUAAUACUGUGCAGUGUGCUUCGUUAAUAUCCAGCGGCCACACUAUUAAGGCCAUGUUGAUUUGAUUAUAUGGAUGACAUUUGGGCACAUAUCAAUUUUCAACUGUCUCCAAAGAAAAAAAAAUUUGAACCACACUGUAAAUUGUCCAAUGUAGCUGCAAAGUGAGCCAUAGAUUACAAAAAGAUAUCGGAAAAUGUAUACUAAUGUAAAAGAAUAUCACCGUCAAUUCCAAGGUCAAAGAAGAAAGAUUCAAAAGAGUGAAAAUGAAAAACCUAUUGUUUGGCAUACCAUAUUCUGUGUGUUUUGUCAUUGUUCAACCUUCCUGACCAGUUUUGUUCUGUAAUGAAGGCAACUUUUUUUUGGCAAAACAUUUUUAUUUGCACACUUGCAUGAGUUUUGGCUGUACCAUGGUCCAGAGGAUACUAGUAAUCAAAUCAACAAGGCCUAGGUGGAAACAUGAACAGCUGUCAAGUGAAAUUUUAUGGUCCUUUAUGGCUUUAAUACUUAUUAUGAUAGAUAAACUUUUCUGGAAAAAGGGAAAUGUAAUGGUGAAGAACAUACAUUUACAAGUAUGUAUAUUGCAUAAAUCAUCACAAUCUACUGAAGAGGAAUAAAACAGAGGUUUGACAUGUACCAAUUUACUUAAAACUUUAGAAGUUAAAGGAAAUCAUAUCUUGUUGCAUUGAUAUCAAGCAAAGUAGAGAAGCUGUCAAAAUGAGUACCAGUAUCAUGUGGUGAAAAGAAAUCGAUUUGUUUAAGAUAAUUUUUUCUAUGAUAUUCUAGUAUUCAAAUUUGCAUGAAAACAGGUAAUUCAUGUACAGUAUGUUGUCAUGUACUGUGAAAAAGUUUAAUUAUGAUGGUUGGAACAGAUGUACAUGUGGAUUCCCUGGUAUAGGCUCUGAGAUUUAUUAUAUUACCAGCAAUAUGCUCUGUGAGUACUUCUGGAAAUUAUAGCAUGUAUAUUGUGGUUAAUAUAGAUCUGACAAUGUUGCUUCCAAAGACGUUUUGUUGAUUAUGAGCCUUGAGGAAGUGUAUUACUCAAAUGUCCGGUGAUAAAAUGUGACAUUCUUGUUGAUAAUUAUUAUGUGGAACAAGCUAUGGAAGACUCUAUUGAAGUUGAUUUCUAGGUUUGUAAAACCUUCAAGAGCCUAAUAGUAUGGUGUUACUGAUACACGAAUUUGCCAGGUCAGAUUGCUUGAAAAAGAUGGAGCAUUUUGUAAACAUCUUCAGAUGACUAUGAAUAAUAAUUAGAAUGUCAAAUCUUAUGAUUGCAAUUUGGUUAAUUUGACCAUCCAAUCAUCUAAUACUUCUGAAAAGAGAAAUUAUGGUGUGAUAUGUAUGUACUUGCAAUCUUUUGUAUUUUAUACCUGUGAUUUGUGUCAACAGCAAAAUGGUACAAAAUUGGCAAAGAUGGAUGAAGCACAGAGGUGAAUACUUAUUUGAUCAUACAAUGCUCAUUUUACAUGUGCCUUUGUAUAAAGAAAGGUUUGAGGUCCAAUUGGGAAAUACUUGUAGUGCCAAUGAUAAAUCUGAAAGAAUUCCUUGACUGCAACUCCAGGUGUCAAAUGUCCUAGCUGUAAUCACUGCUGUGUUGUACUGUAUUUGAUGGUGACUGUAUGUGUAUGUUCAUUGUGAAAAGGGAAAAACUUAACACAAAAACUCAAGAGAGGAUUGAGUGUACCAGCCAACUUAACUGACAAUGUGUUGGUACUGCUUCAGGCUUUGUUGGAACAAUGCUGCAUUGUUUCAAAAUCAAGAUCUUACAUAGCUGGCAGUAUUGGUUUUAAACCUACACGCAACAUUCCUGUAUAGGGCGCUGUGAAUAGUCUUAGGUGCUUUAAACAAAGAUUAGAUAAUCAGUGGAUUAUAAGUGCAUCGUGCUAACCCUACUUAUUUUAUUGUGUAAAUUGUACCUGUAACAGUCCCUUGAUUGGGCCAUGUUGAUUUGAUUAUAUGGAUAACAUCCAUGCACGCAUCAACUUUCAGCCGCUUCCAAAGAGAAAAAAAGUUUUGAACCAUACAGUAUAUUGUACAAAGCAGCUGCAAAAGGAGCAAAUAUAUGC